AUGGAAGAGAAGAGUCUGGUUCUCGAGGGACUUCCGGCUGAUUUCGACCGUGUCCGAUCCAAACUCGAGCUUUAUUUCAGAAACAAGAGAAGAUCUGGAGGAGAGAUCGUGCAGAUCCGAGAACAUCUCGAGGACAAACAAAAGGCGCUUCUGGUUUAUAUGAGGGACGAUGAUCUGAAGAAGGUGCUCGACAAAACUGUCCAUAAAGUUAAUCUGAAACCUCAUGGAUCAGUGGAACUGACCGUGAAACUCCCAGAAGACCCUGUGGUCAAGAAGCCCAAACCAGCAGUGCUGCCCAAACCCCCCCGGUCACCGGCCGCUCCUGACCCACAGGUCUCUCCCGAGAGGAAGCCUGCUCCAGCAAUUACACAUCAUAAAGAAGAUGAGGAGGCUUCUGAGCUCCCGGAUCUCCUCAUUAGCACCUCUGGAUCGGUGGAGAAGGAGACCCUUCAGAUGUAUUUUGAGCAGUUCACAGAACAGUUUGAGCUAGCGAAGCACGGGAAUAACAGCUGGAUCCUGACGCUCUGCUGUCAGUCAGAUCUAGAGGAGAUUUUGGGCCAGAAAGAGCAUGAGUUUGGUAUAAGUUUAGCGGUGUAUAGAGGAGGAGGUGUGGGAGAGCAGCUGGACCCGCGGCGCUUCAUCUUGACCGGCUUCGAUGGAGACACAGACUGCAGGAUGAUCUCACUCUUCAUCGGCAGCUGUAGCAGGACAACAGAGCACACCUGGGAGACGCUCGACGAGGACAGGAUAGUAGUCUCCUUCAGACACGAUAUCGAUGUGAGGUCGUUUUUAAGGAAGUGCACCUCGAAGCAGCUGCAGGGUCGAGACAUCGGAGUGACCCGUGUGGAGCGGACGGACUCGGUCCUGGUCCAGGGAGACUUGGAGAAGCUCUCUGAAGAUGUUCUCACACUUUACUUCAGUAACAAGAAGAGGAGCAGAGGAGGAGACGUCCAGUCCUGCAUCUGGAUCAACAGAAGAAAGAGUGCGGUCAUCACCUUCGCAAACUGUGACGAUGCACAUGCAGUGGUGGAACAAACACACAAUGUUUGCGGCACAGAAGUUCACGCUUCACUCUUCUACUCAAGUUUACAAAAGGCUCUAACUGGAGAAAAACCAGCCCUAACUGAUCAAAUAUCCACAAAAGUGAAGGUUCCUGUCAGUGAAGAGCUGCUCCGUUUCUUUGAAACCAGCGAGCGAUGCAGAAAACUGCUGGAGAGUGACGCCAAACGCUUUCAUGCCAAAGUGCUCGUUGACCGCUCCACCGCAGAACAUGAACUGAUUCUGGAGAUGGACGUCAAGAAAGAGUCGCUGGCUGCGCUGCAGAUCGCUCCCACGUGGAAGUCCACGACACUGAGGGAAAUCCAGUCCUUUCUGAGCAGAUAUGACACCGCAGAGCUGACGGCGGAGAAGGACGUCUGGACCAGAUCUGAGAACAUCUGUAACGGUCUCGUCACGCUUAACACUGCGCUCUUCUACAGCCAGAUCAACUCUAAAGCUGUGAUUACUGGAGAGAAAGAGGAGGUGAAGGUCCUGUCAGACAAGAUCAGGACAGUCCUGGAGAACACUGCUGCUGCGGUGGAAGCAGAAAGAAACAGCACCCAGGUGGACAUCCAGCUAGACUGCAGAGAGACGUGUGAUCUCAUAAAAGAGCGAGUGGAGUCCAGGUUAGGACAGGUGAGUUUCUCACACGAUGAGAAGCAGCACAUCAUCUCUCUCAGAGGUCUGAAGGAUCAGGUAGAUCCAGUGGAGAUGAUCAUCAAGCAAACGCAGAAGAACAUCAUCACACACCAGCUAAAGCUUUCCUCACAUCUCACUCACUUUCUCAAGUCUCUGGAUCUUAAAAAGUUCGAGCGAGACUAUUUUCUCCCAAGCCACAUUCCAGCUAGACUUUUAAAGCGACAGGAUUUUUUUGUGAUCUUAGUUGAGAAGGAGAACCAGAAGAGAGCUGAAGACAGAAUAAGUGAGAUUCUCCAAGAGCAGGUUCUACAGCUUUCUCCCAAUCAGACCGGUGAAACCUGGACACACUUUCUCAGGAAUCUUCAAGAUGAAAUAGAAUUGCUCCAGAAAGCUCACGAUAUCAGGAUCACUAAAUCAAAUAAUGAGGUUAUAAUAUGUGGGUUUUCCAGUGCGGUGGCAGAUGUUACAGGAAAAGUGAAGACAUAUCUAGACAACAAGGAACCAACGACUGAGAACGUCGCUCUGAAAUCUGUGCGAGAGGCUGAAUUUGUGGAGUCCUGUCUGAAUCUGUGUGAGCUCCCAGACCUGAAGCGCUUCGGCGUGACGGUACUCGCUCACAGAACAUCAGACGCCCCGUGUCUGAGAGUCACAGCACCUAAAGACAAGCUCAGAGACGCUGUGUGUGUCGUACAGCAGCAGAUCUCAUCCAUCCUUCUGCAGAGCCAUACAUACGGCAAAGCAGGAGAAGCAAAGGUCCUGGAGAAACUUGAAGCCAGUGUGAAGACCAAAGCUAAGGAGAUGCAGUGCAGUCUGUAUUUAUCACAAGAGCAUGUGGUCAAAUCUGUUCCUCCGAAGAACUUCACACACAAAAUAGAUAACUUCAUGACCCUGAACAUCACAGAGGGAGACCUGCACCAUUACACCGCCGACGCUUUGACCUGUCCGAUGAAUACCAGUCUAGCGUUCAAUAACCCUGUGGCUCAGUGCUUUGUCCAGUUCGGAGGAGACACGAUUAGGGAGGUGUGUAGAGCUCAGCAGAAGCACCAGCCUGGAGACGUGGUGCUCAGUGAUGCUGGGAAGCUCAGCGCCGGGACACUCAUCUACGCCGUGUUUCCUCAGAAAGGACAGAAGCUGGACUCUCACUAUCUUCAGUCAGCCGUGUAUAACAGCCUCCUGAAAGCUGAAGGGGAAGGAUGCUCCUCGAUUGCACUCCCAGCUGUUGGGUGUGGAAGCUUCGGGUUCUCCGUCAAAGAGAGUUGUGUGGCGCUCCGAGCCGCUGUUCUUCAGUUCCAUCAGAUCUCUCCUAAAAACAUCAGACACAUCAGUGUAGUGGAUUCAGACCAGAGGACCGUUGAGGAGUACAACGCUCUGAUCCAGGAACUAGGAUUUCCUGACACUACAGUGGUUCCCCUACCAUCCUUGAAGCUUAAACACAGAUCAGACACGAGAGUGCUGAUCAAUGGUGUGCCCAUAUGCCUGAAACAGGGCGACAUCACCAGAGAGACGGUGGAUGUCAUUGUGAAUUCAUCCAAUAAAAGUUUAGAUCUUGACACCGGUGUCUCUGGUGCCAUCUUAAAAGCUGCUGGUCAAUCUGUUGCUGACGAAUGUAAAAAGCAAGCUCCUCUGAAGGCCGGCGCAGCAGUGCUGACGGGUCCUGGAGCGCUUCAGUGUAAGUACAUCGCUCAGAUGGUUGGGCCGGAGAGCACCACAGACAUCACAUCAUCUCUAGAAAAGGUUCUGAACCUCUGCGAAGACAAAACAGCCACAACUCUGGCCAUUCCUGCCAUUGGAACAGGACGCGGUGGCUUUCCUCCGAAGGAAUCGAUCAAAGCCAUCCUCUCAGCAAUCGAGAAACAUCUGAAGCAGCCGAACUCAUCCUGCCUCCGGAGCAUCUCUAUAGUGGCUUUUGAACAGAAGACCUUCGAUGACUUUCGUGACCAUUUUAAAGUGUGGAAUAAGCCUGCAUUCGGCAAGAUGCCAGAAAAUCAAGUCAAAAUUGGAAGUGUCAGAAUCGAGGUGAAGAAAGGUGACAUCACUAAUGAAACGGUCCGAGGGAUCGUAAACACCACCAACAGGGACAUGAGUCUGAGAGGAGGAGUGUCUGGUGCCAUAUUUAAAGCAGCUGGAGCAUCUGUGGAGCAGGAGUGCCAAAAGCACGGAGCUCUGCAGAAUGACAUCGCGGCCGUGACCAGCGGCGGAAACCUGCUCUGUGACUUCAUCCUUCACAUGGUCGGCCCACACUCGGCGGAGGAGGCGAGAUCCCGCGUGAAGAACGUUCUGGAGCGCUGUGAGGAGAAGCAGAUCACCACGGUCUCCUUCCCUGCCGUGGGCACCGGUGGAGGAGGCGUUCAGGGGACGGACGCGAUCGCUGCAAUGCUGCAGGGCUUUGAAGAUCAUCUGUCUCUAAACAUCUCGACUGUGAUCAAGCUCAUCUAUAUUGUGAUCAACCGGGACAACGUCCUACAAGAGUUUCAGAACGGUCUCAAAACAUGGAUUACGAAUACACAGGAGAUUGAAGAUGAUGAUGAUGAUGAUGAUGAUGAUGAUGAUGAUGGAGAUGAUGAGAGGGAGGAUUACAGCUCAACAGAAGAAAGCUCCUCAUCUGAACAAGAAGCGGAUGCCAGCGCAAACCCAGUGGAGGUGAUGAUGGGCUCGAUUAAAGUCAAGGUGUUCAGUGGAGACAUCACUAAAGAGACUGUGGAGGCUAUAGUUAACAGCACAACCACGAGCCUAGAUCUGAACACGGGUGUAUCAGGAGCCAUUCUCAAAGCAUCAGGACAAACAGUGGUGAACGAGUGCAAAUCAAAAGCGCCUCAGCCUGCCGACGGCCUGAUCCUGACCAAAGCUGGAAAUCUUUCAGAUAUCAAACACAUCAUCCAUAUGGUUGGGCAGACCAAUGAGAGAGGCAUCAGCAGCUCCAUGUACAAGGUUCUGAGGAUGUGUGAAGAAAAUAAGAUUCAGUCGGUUUCAUUCCCAGCUCUUGGAACAGGAGCAGGAAACUUAGCUGCUGCCGGAGUUGCCAAUGCAAUGACAGAAGCUCUGACCAACUUUAUGAAGGACUCACCAAAACACCUGAAGCGCGUCCACAUCGUGAUCUUCCAAGCGAAGCUGCUGCCAGACUUUCAGCAAGCGGUCAAGAAGUGCAAGAAGAUUUCUCCAAAUGCUUCUGCGCGUCUGGUCAAACCCCUCCAGAAACCGGUGAUCCCUGUGCCGACACAGAGACCAGCUGUUUGUCUAGCCAAAGAAACCGCCGCUGUAUUGUUCCCGGUUAUGGCUGUAGAUGUUUACGGGACGUCCCCUACAAACCUCGGCAAGGUCAAGAAGCUCCUGGAUGAGCUGGUCAAGGAGGAGUGCAUUAGUAAAGACGUCCAGUCGAGCCACAUCACAGAUCUUCCUGAGACGGACAAGAAGGCCAUUGUGGCCCUCAGCCGAGCCAAUCAAGUCAGCAUUCUGGUGACCAGCUGGGAUACGUUAACGGUAUCAGGGAAGAGAGACGAUGUCUUAGAUGCAGUGCUGAAGAUAAAUGGCUUCCUCCAGGCAGUGCGAGACCGAGAGAUGCGUGAAGGUGAGGUGAAGCGUCUGCGGGAGACGCUGUGUUGGGAAGUGGCCAGAGGAGAUCGCUGGGAGUCGCUGGAGCCCGGCAUCAGCUACGACAUGGAGCUGGCCUUCCACCGCAAGCAGAAGAGCUUCCAGUACCAGGAGAAGAGCGAGACCUACACCGUGGACUUCAACAAGAUGGAGGUCACAAACAGCAAGCUGGAGUCCUGCAGGAUCAAGAGGACUCUGAUGGGAGACUCUGAUACGGCAAUCAUUCAUCCUCCUACAACAUGGACCAAAAUGGAUGGACGAGAUUUAGAAAUAAUCACAUUACAGUCAGAUUCAGCAGAGUACAAGAACAUAGAAACAGCCUUCCUGACAUCCAGCAAUCAUCCUGAUGUGAAGCCCGUCCAGGUUCAACAGAUCGACAGGAUUCAGAGUCAGUCGCAGUGGCAGAGAUACUGUGUGCUGAAACAGGCCGUGGAUAAAAAAUACCCCAAACAGACAAACGAGCGCCAGCUUUAUCACGGAACGACCAAAGACAUAUGCCAGAAAAUCAACAAGAACGGCUUCAACCGCAGCUUCUGUGGGAGAAACGCUGUGGUUCAUGGUGAAGGCACCUACUUCGCUAGAGAGGCCUGGUACUCCUGCCACGACCUGUACUCCAACCCAGAUGACCAACAGCUGAAGUACAUCUACCGAGCGCGAGUGGUGACGGGCUCGCUGUGUAAGAGCAGAGGUGGGAUGAAGGAGCCGGAUCCGAUCAACCCUGCUGACCCACGGGCCGGACUGCACGACUGCGCCGUGGAUGACCUAAAGAACCCGUUCAUCUUCGUGGUGUUCUGUGACGCGGGAGCGUAUCCAGAGUACCUCAUCACCUUCAAAUCCACAUAGACCUCCAGCAAACCCUACAAGUGCACAUCUACCCUGACUCGUGACAGAGAUUAUAGGAGAGAGUUUUACACACAUAACAUUCUUCAGUAGGGUUGUCAAUCAAAAAAAUCACUUAAUUAAUAACAUGAUUAUUGCAUAGAUUAAUAUCAGCCAAGGAAAACUCCCAAAAAAGGAGAAAUUCAAAGACAUCAAAGGGAUUGUUUUCCCAAAAAAUUAAACUUGUCUGCAUUUACUCACCCUCGUGUAGUUACACAACACUUGCUUGUCUCCACUGACUUCUAUAGUGAUUUGUUUUAAGCAUCUGUUUAGUUAUCAACGGUCUUCAAGAUCUCUUCUCUUGUGUUUGACAGAAGAAAGAAACUCACACAGGUUUGGAUCAAUAGGAGGAAGAGUAAAUGAUGACAGAAUUUUCAUAUUUGGGUCAACUCUCUCUUUAAUGUGACACAUAAACAGACAACACACGUCUUUAGAAGUGAAUAUAAUCAUGUGAUUGACCACCAGCCAAUCAGUGACCUCUGAUCCUCUCAUCCGUCUGCUGGAAGCCUUUUACAUGCCACAUGCUUUUUUUAAAUGUGUUUCCCGUUACUAAAAGGGAAACAAAUCAUAACUCUCAUGUUUUUACUGCAUUAUAUUUGUUAAUCAUUCAUUAGACAGCCCUACCGGAGAAAGAGCUGCACUUCAUUCCGCCGUGUUUUAAACUUUUGAUACAGUUUGCUUUUCUCUGAAACUUUAUAAUGACAAUAAACACAUUUGUAAACUGC